AUGUUGCUCAAUUUGAAUAUUGGGAUUUUUCCAAAAAAUUUAUUAAGUUACCAGAAUGGUUUCAUACCAAUACUAUUCAACCCAUUUCAUUUCCUACGCCCCCGUAAACAAAUGCAAAGAGUGGAUCGGUGCAGGACCAAAAAGCAAUACAAGAAUAAACGACAUUUCAGAGGUUACUACUAUAGGUGGAUGGGCUCUUAUUAA